AUGGAAAUCGAUUCCGAGAAGAACCUCCUCCACCGAAAACAAGCGUCCUACAUUUCACAGGACGACAAGUUCGUAAUGAGAGAGGUGUACCGGGGCCAGCAAUACAGCCAAAUCUAUUUCGCGCGGCUCCAUUUGAUGAGAACCCUCCUCUACUCCCUCCUCCCCAAUUGGAAGCCCCAUUUACCAGUUUGCACAAUUUUGGGAUUGGAGGAAGGCAAGGAAUGCACCAUUGUUGGCACAUUGUACAAGCACAUGAAGCUCAAACCUUCGAUUCUCGAUGAGUACUCUAAGACGAGAUCUGUGGUGCCGCUUGUCAAGCCUCAUAAUUUCGUGCACGCCGAUGAUUAUUUGGUUUUGGAAGAUGAGAGUGGAAGGAUUAAGCUUGGUGGGAGUGUGCUUUCACCGUCUGUGUAUGUAACAGGGAAUAUUGUUGCUUUGCACGGAAAAGAGACAAGUGAAGGUGAAUUCGUAGUACUAGAUGUUCUUGAACCUGGCUUACCACCCCAGAUCGAGUUGCCACUUAAAUCAAGAGAAGAUAAGUAUGUUGUUUUUGUAUCUGGGCUUCGUGUUGGAAGCGACUCUUCAAAUCCUCUCUUGUUUCAGCUUCUUGUUGAUCAUAUAACAGGACAUUUAGGAGAUGAAAAGGAACAAAACCUUGCAUCGCAAAUAGUCCAUGUUGUAAUCGCUGGAAACUCUGUUGAACUUCCUCGUGGGCUUCUUAAUGGACAGAACUUGGCACCAAAGGAUCAAGCUACGCUGUCUUCACCAAUUAAGGAGCUGGAUAUUAUGUUGACUCAGAUAGCUGCAGGUGUGCCUUUAGAUAUCAUGCCAGGUGUAGAUGACCCUGCAAAUGCUUCAUUGCCUCAACAGCCUUUGAACAGGUGCCUUUUCCCUGGGUCAUCAGUUUAUAACACGUUUAGAUCAUGUACUAAUCCCCACUCUUUUGAUCUUGAUGAAAUGAGAUUUGUGGGAACAUCAGGGCAAAAUGUAGAUGAUCUUGAUAGGUAUUCAGAAGCAAAGGAUAAACUUGAAUAUCUUGAAAGAACAUUAAGGUGGAGGCAUCUGGCACCAACAGCACCAAAUACUCUUGAGUGUUAUCCUUUCACGGAUACAGAUCCCUUCCUGAUGGAGAGCUGUCCGUAUGUGUACUUCGUUGGUAAUCAGGAUAAAUAUGAUAGUCGCUUGGUAAAGGGAUCUGAAGGGCAGAUGGUGAGACUCAUUUGCAUUCCUAAAUUCUGUGAGACAGGAGUUGCUGCUGUGCUAAACAUGAGAACCCUUGAAUGCCAUACACUCAAUUUCGGGACUCAAUUCUAAUAACCUGGUUUCCACCUAAUGGAUUUACAUAUCAAUACAUACUCCAACAGGAUUUGUGGAGAUCCAUUGAAAAGAGAGCUGAAUGUGAUGAAUCUGUUGA